ACAAGUUGGUGGUAAUGACAGACCCUAUGUUGGAUUCACAGCCAGCCAACAGCACUGCAGAGAUGGAUGGACUGUGCUCUGAGUUAUUGCUGAUCCCCCCACCUCUCUCUAACCCUGGAAUCCUGGAGCCCGUCCAGAGCCCCUGUACAUCUGGGAACCCCACACCUUUGCCUGCUGAUACAGGCUGCCUGCUGGUAGAGGCCACAACAACUGAAGAGGACACAGGGAACAUGGAGAUCAUUGUAGAAGCAGUAGCUGGAAACCUGUCCUCAGGUGCUCCUGGAGAGACCCCAGGUGUCCUGGUAAAGGUGGUGGAGGUGUACUUCUGUGAGCGCUGUGAGCAGAGCUUCGCAGAGCCCACUCUGCUGGCCCUGCACCAGUGCACUGAGACCCUUAUACAGCCUGUGCAGAGCCUUGCUAACCCCCCAUGCUCUGUAGAGCUAUCCCUCAGCAACCUCACUCUCCCUGGCCCUGUGCAGGGCCAGAGCCCCUCCAAUAAUCCCCUGCCAUGCCCUGUGUGUAGACAGGAGUUUACCCAACCCCAGGCCCUGAAGAGCCACUUCAAGAUUCACCGGGGCCCUCCCAACACCUUCUCCUGCCCAGAGUCUGGCUGUGUGUUCUCUGCUGAUGAUCGUAAGGGUCUGCAGCAGCACCUGAGACAGACCCACAGAGUGGUUCCUGUGCCCUGUUCUUUCCGGGGCUGCCCCCUGCUCUUUGGGAGCCAGCAGGGCAUGGAGCUGCACCGACAGGCCCAUUACCCUUUCCACUGCAACCAUUGCAGCUUCAUGGGCUCCAACGUCAAACUCUUCCGGCAGCAUCAACGCAGCCAUGGGGCCAGGACACAGGGAGAACUAUCGGCCAUUAAGGAUCUUUCAUCCAAGGAGCUGCUGCCAGCUCCCCAACUGCCCCCAGGAGAGGGACAGCCUUCAGAGGAAGCAGGUACACCCUUGCCCAGGCAGGAGUCAGCUGAAGAGGAGAACAUAGAGGAAGAGAGUGGCACCCUGAAGGACUCCCAGAAAGCCCUGGAGAAAGGCCAGGGGACUCAGCAAUUGGAAGGGGAUGUCACUCCUGGCACCGAGUCCCUCUUCAAGACCCACAUGUGUCCGGAAUGCAAGCGCUGCUUCAAGAAGCGGACCCAUCUGGUAGAGCACCUCCAUCUCCACUUCCCAGACCCCAGCCUCCAGUGCCCCAACUGCCAGAAGUUCUUCACCAGUAAGAGCAAGCUCAAGACCCAUCUGCUGCGGGAGCUGGGCCAGAAGGCCCACUGCUGCCCACUGUGCAACUACAGUGCAGUGGAGAGGAACGCACUCAACCGCCACAUGGCCAGCAUGCACGAGGAUAUUUCCAACUUCUACUCAGACACCUAUGCCUGUCCUGUCUGCCGGGAGGAAUUCCGCCUCAGCCAGGCCCUUAAGGAGCACCUCAAGAGCCACACAGCCGCAGCGGCAACGGAGCCACUGCCCCUUGGCUGCUUUCAGGAGGGCUGCAGCUAUGCAGCACCUGACCGCAAGGCCUUCAUGAAGCACCUGAAGGAGACCCAUGGCGUGCGAGCUGUGGAGUGCCGCCACCACUCGUGUCCCAUGCUCUUCGCCACAGCUGAAGCCAUGGAGGCCCACCACAAGAGCCACUAUGCCUUCCACUGCCCCCACUGUGACUUCGCCUGCUCCAACAAGCACCUGUUCCGCAAACACAAGAAGCAGGGCCACCCUGGCAGUGAGGAGCUGCGCUGCUCCUUCUGUCCGUUUGCCACCUUCAACCCGGUGGCCUAUCAGGAUCAUGUGGGCAAGAUGCAUGCUCAUGAGAAGAUCCACCAGUGCCCCGAAUGCAGCUUUGCCACUGCCCACAAGAGAGUGCUCAUCCGCCACAUGCUGCUGCAUACAGGCGAGAAACCUCACAAGUGUGAGCUGUGCGACUUCACGUGCCGAGAUGUGAGCUACCUAUCCAAGCACAUGCUGACCCACUCUAACACCAAGGAUUACAUGUGCACUGAGUGUGGCUAUGUCACCAAGUGGAAGCACUACCUCAGUGUGCACAUGCGAAAACAUUUAGGGGACCUCAGAUACCAGUGCAAUCAGUGCUCCUAUCGCUGCCACCGGGCUGAUCAGCUGAGCAGCCACAAGCUGAGACACCAGGGCAAGUCCCUGAUGUGCGAGGUGUGUGCCUUUGCUUGCAAGCGGAAAUAUGAGCUGCAGAAGCACAUGGCUUCCCAGCACCACCCUGGCAAGCCAGCCCCACUCUACCCCUGUCGCUACUGCAGCUACCAGAGCCGCCACAAGCAGGCCCUGCUGAGCCAUGAGAACUGCAAACACACCCGCCUCCGUGAGUUCCGUUGUGCCCUCUGUGACUACCGCACCUUCAGCAACACCACCCUCUUCUUCCACAAGCGCAAGGCCCAUGGCUAUGUGCCCGGGGACCAGGUCUGGCAGCUCCGCUGUGCCAGCCAGGAGCCAGAGGAGGCCAGGCAAUGCCCUACACCACCAGACUCGGAGUCCUCAGGCCAGCUCUCGGCCCAGACUGUGGAACAGGACCACAACCCUGGGGCUGGGGCGGACCCCAGCUUGGACCACACUCUGCCAGAGGCCAGUGAGGAGGCCAGUGCCGGGAGACAGGAUGGCAGUGAGGUUCCCCGAGGGGAUGACCUGGUUGGCAGCCCCAGUCCAGCGGAGGUAGAUGAGGGCAGCUGCACACUACACCUAGAGGCCCUGGGAGUAGAGCUGGAACCUGUGGCCGAGCCACCUCUGGGGGAGAUCACUGAAACAGCCCCUGUGGAAUUUGGGCCCCUGAGACUGGAAGAGCCAGAUGGGACUUUGACAGAGCUGUCUACCUUUGAAAGUGCUGGCACUUCUGGCUUGGGUGCUGAAGAAGAGCCCAUUCUGGAAAAGCCAGCCCCUGAGCCCCCCAGAAAUCCUCCUUCCUCAGAGGAAUCCCCUAACAGCUGGGUGGGAACCUUCAAGGCAACACCACCCACUGAGACAGCACUCCUGCCCCAGUUGCCUGAGUCAGAGUCAUUACUCAAGGCCCUAAGGAGACAGGACAAAGAACAGGCAGAGGCACUGGUACUGGAGGGGCGGGUUCAGAUGGUAGUGAUACAGGGAGAGGGGCAGGCCUUCCGCUGCCCACACUGCCCUUUUAUUACCCAGCGGGAGAAGGCCCUGAGCCUGCACUCCAGGACUGGGUGCCAGGGCCGCCAAGAGCCUCUACUGUGCCCUGAGUGUGGGGCUAAUUUCAAGCAACAGCGUGGCCUUAGCACCCACCUGUUGAAAAAGUGCCCUGUUUUGCUCAAAAAGAACAAGGGAUUGGCCAGAACAGAUUCACCUAUCCCUCUGCAUCCUCUGCCCCCUGACACCCACACCUCAGAGGCUGCAGAAGGUGGGAAGCCCCCACCUGCACCAUUAGAAGUAGAGGUAGUGCUCCCAAAAGAUGCUCCGGAGCUUCCUAGGGAACCAGAAGAAAUAGAGGAGUCUCUGGCCAUACUCUCUGGCUCCACAGUACUUCCUGCAGGGAACUCCUCAUCCCCAGAGGCCCCUGAGAAGUUUCACUUUGAACAGGGCAAGUUUCACUGCAACUCAUGCGUGUUCCUUUGUUCUCGGCUCUCCUCCAUUACCUCCCAUGUGGCUGAAGGCUGCCGGGGGGUACGAAGUGGAGCAGGAAAGCGAGGGGCCUCCCAGACCCAGCCUAUUGUGUCCCCACUGAGCAUUAGGGACUCUCUUCCCCCAAACAGUGGGAGUAUGAAGUGUAGCCCUGGUGAUGGGGACCCAGCUCUGGUUCCAAAGCAGAAGGGGGCUCGCUUUUCCUGCCCCACAUGUCCCUUUAGCUGCCAGCAGGAGCGGGCUCUGAAGACUCACCAGACCAGGGGCUGUCCCCUUGAGCAGUCUGGAGAGUUGCACUGUGGCCUCUGUUCCUUCACCACUCCUGUUGCUACUGCCCUGAAGCUCCACCAGAAGCGGAGGCACCCCACUGUGGCCCCAGCCCGCGGCCCCCGCCCCCCUCUUCAGUGUGGGGACUGUGGCUUUAUCUGUAAACAGAGCAGGUGCCUGCAGCAGCACCAGCGGCUCAAACACGAGGGAGUGAAACCACAUCAGUGCCCUUUCUGUGACUUUUCCACCACUAGACGGUACCGGUUGGAGGCUCACCAGUCCCGACACACAGGUGUUGGCCGCAUCCCCUGCAGUUCCUGUCCUCAGACAUUUGGUACUAACUCAAAACUUCGCUUGCACCGGCUGAGGGUACACGACAAGACACCCACUCACUUCUGCCAAUUCUGUGACUAUAGUGGCUACCUUCGCCACGACAUCGCUCGCCAUGUGAACAGCUGCCACCAGGGCACCCUAGCCUUUGCCUGUCCCCAGUGUGAGGCCCAGUUCAGCUCUGAGACAGCACUCAAGCAGCAUGCUCUGCGCCGGCAUCCCGAGCCUACACCCCCAGCCCAGGGCUCCCCUGAGGAGGCCACUGAGGGCCCCCUGCAUUGCUCCCGAUGUGGGUUCCUAUGCUCCAGCCCUGCCAGCCUGCAAGGGCACACCUGUAAACAGCACCCGCGGCUUGAGUGUGGGGCCUGCCAGCAGGCCUUUCCUAGCCGGCCAGCACUAGAUGAGCACCGGAGGCAGCAGCAUUUCAGCCACCGCUGCCAGCUCUGUGACUUUGCUGCCCGGGAGCGGGUGGGCCUGGUGAAGCACUACGUGGAACAGCAUGAGGAAACUUCAGCAGCAGCCUCAGAUGGGGAUGCUGGCCAGCCCCCUCUGCGCUGCCCCUUUUGUGACUUCACAUGCCGCCAUCAGCUGGUGUUAGAUCACCAUGUGAAAGGGCAUGGGGGCACCCGGCUCUACAAGUGUACUGAUUGUACUUACAGCACCAAGAACCGGCAGAAGAUCACCUGGCACAGCCGCAUUCAUACUGGGGAAAAGCCCUACCACUGUCAUCUCUGCCCCUAUGCCUGUGCUGACCCCUCUCGCCUCAAGUACCAUAUGCGAAUCCAUAAGGAGGAACGGAAGUAUCUGUGCCCUGACUGUGGCUACAAGUGCAAGUGGGUCAACCAGCUCAAGUACCACAUGACCAAGCACACAGGACUGAAGCCAUAUCAGUGUCCCGAGUGUGAGUACUGCACCAACCGGGCCGAUGCCCUGCGUGUGCACCAGGAGACCAGGCACCGGGAAGCACGGGCCUUCAUGUGUGAGCAGUGUGGCAAGGCCUUCAAGACACGCUUCCUGCUGCGCACCCACCUCCGCAAACACAGUGAGGCCAAGCCCUAUGUGUGUAACGUGUGCCACCGUGCUUUCCGCUGGGCUGCUGGCCUGCGCCAUCAUGCCCUCACCCACACCGACCACCACCCCUUCUUCUGCCGUCUCUGUAGCUACAAAGCCAAACAGAAGUUCCAGGUUGUCAAGCAUGUGCGCAGACACCACCCUGACCAGGCUGACCCAAACCAGGGCGUGGGCAAAGACCCCACCACCCCCACGGUGCACCUGCAUGAUGUGCAGUUGGAGGAUCCCAGCCCUCCUGCUCUUUCUGCUCCCCCAACUGGACCUGAGGGCUGAGAGCCCAUCCCACCUCCCAGGCAAGAAGAAAGUGUGGUCCAAGAUGUGCAGACUGGAACCAGAGCUAGCCUG